CGGUCUGUUGUCAUGAGCCUACAGCAUAUAGUGGUUUAGAUGUUAAUGAAAGAGUCGCAUAAACGAUGAAACGCUAAGUAUAUACAAUGUAACUUUUGGAGGCUUUUUGUUGAAUUGUGAUUACGAAUUUUUGAUAAUUUCAUAAUAUAAGAUGUUAAUCUAAGAUUUUUAUACAUUAUACAUUGUGUAUCAUGUGGAAACUAUAAGUUAUGUACAUAUGGGCAAGUGGUAAAGCACAAAAUUUUACUCUAAUACAAGUUUGUACAUAUCAUACAUAUUUCGUCUAUUCAUGAACGUUAUUCUGAUACAUGCGAAAAAUAUUCCUCUGUAUUUUCAUAAGGUCAUCAAUUUUCGCUCGUAGAUUUUAUUAAAAAGGCACACAUGCGCAUGCCGCGCGAGAUUGUGCGAUGAAGCGAAGCCCCCCGAAUCCGCAUCAGCCCUCGCGAUAUCGAGACGAUCGGUACGCGGGAGGAAGAAUAACCGGAAAAAAUCUCCGGACGCGCACGGGCCGCCUAAGGUAAGGCUCGCUCUCGCGUUCCUCACCGGCGGCGCCAGGUGUUUACGGCGGUAGUAUGCGAGCGAGGAGAAGAGAAAGAGAAGAAAGAGGAGAAAGCCGACAGGGAAGAGAAGAGAGAGAGAGAGAGAGAGAGGGAGGGAGGGAAUGAGUGAGCGAGCGAACGGUGUACGCGUGAGACGGCCGCAUUGAAUUGCACUGAAUCAACAGGUAAAUCGGCGGAUCGGUAUGCGUGGGACGACGUCGUACGCACGUCGUUUUAUCGCCGUGGCGCCAGGAUACGUCGUCGCGGUUCCCCCGCAAAAGAUGCUGCGCGUAAACGAGCGCGAGACGACAACGGUACGACGGCGAGUCUUAGGAAACGGCAGACGACGAGCGGGAUCGGCCGAGUAGCGAGGAAGAAGAGCAGGAGGAGGAGGAGGAAGAGAGGGGAAGCGACGCUCCAGGUGGAAACGCGCGUUCUCUAAACGUGUGCUCCGCGGCGAAUUCCGCGCAUACCAACGCCGCUGAUCCAGCUUCCCCGCGAGCGGCGGUGGUAGCGGCGGCGACGGCGGCUGCGGCGGUGGCGGCGGCGGCAGCGUCCGGAUCGGGAGAGUGAUUUUUGUGAUCGCCGCUCUCGUCAAUGACACGCGCGGAAUGCGCUGAGCGAGCGCGCGAUCCCACGCUGCGCUAUACGCGCGCCGACAUUGUUGCGCGUCCGCGCCUCGUUAUGCUGGGCCUUUAAAAUCCGUCUGUUCGCGCGUCCCGACGUCGGUCGUGAGUGUGGUGAAUCCCUGUUGGUGGAUUGAACGCGUUUUGAAUGCGGCGCAGGGCAAACACGGAUCUCGCGACGUCGCGAGAGCGACAUUCGUCAGUUUGACCCCGGCGCAUAACGGACAAAUGAGUUCACCUGUGACAUCGUACGUCGUGGCUUGUUUAUAGCUGUCCCGUCACGAAAGUCCUAUUGGAAGAGGAAAACGUAGAUUGAUUGAGUAAAAUAAAAAAUUGUUAAAUAUUCCAAAUGGGCAAUAAAGGCCCAUUAUGGCCCAGUGUCAUCAACCACAACAUCAGCACGAAUUUUUGCCUCUGUGCGAUGUACUAUUUAACAUUAUUUCAUUAGCAUCCUAUUUCUGUGAUGUUGUCUUCGAUUUUGCAAUGGUAUACGCCCUUGCCCAUCAAGCAACAGCACCACCCAUACUGUUCCCAUUAAGCAUCACUUUUAUAGCAACUUCUCUGUUGAUUUCUCAGAUCGUUAGCUUGCGAUGGUAUCUCUGGGGAGCUAGAGGUAAAUUAACAAACAGCACACCAAACAAUUGUCACAUAAAUCCGGUGAAGAAAGUCGGUAACUGGACCGUAAGCUGUGUUCUAUUACUCCAUUCCACUCAAGUCGGCGUACUAUGGAGAUACUUCAAAUUAUUUAUCCCAGUCAAUUUAACUUACGUGAAGCACGAGGUACGGGAGCUUUGUGUGCUACGGCUGAUACACGCGUUCUGUGAGGCCGCUCCAAUGCUACUUCUGCAGCUGUAUGUCUUGUUUGGCGCUACCGACGGCGAUGAAACGGCGGUCGGAAAACUGAAAGAAAGCGAGGGCAAGGACGGCGGUAAAUUAGAGGAGCUGACCCUGGUAUCGGCGGGACUCUCCUUGUGGAGCGUAUGCUGGGCGGUCGCUAGCUUCAGCAAGGGUGCCGCGCGUCUGCGUAAUCUAGAACGCUUAGUGUUAACAUGGCUGGGAGUGCUGGCGCAAUUAUUCUGGCGUCUGGGGACAGUAAGUGCUCGGGUCGGGGCAUUGGUCGCGUACGCCUCGCUGUACGGCGGACAGUGGCUGUUGAUUGUGAUGGCACUCCACUGGCUGUCUAUGCUGACGUGGUUGCUGCUCACACCGGACGGGCUUUUCCAUGGUGGCGAACGUCUUCCUCUUUUCAGGAAGACCUUCCUCGCCUCCCUCCUCGUUGUAUAUAUAUUUGCAUAUGUUAAUCUACACGAGACGAAUCAUCGUCAAAAAAUGGUGAUAUUUUAUACUGUAAUGUUCUUGGAGAACAGUUUACUUAUCGGUGUGUGGAUAGCUGGUGUUAAUCGUGCCGAUCUUUUGUCUCACCAGCAUCAUCUACAUCCAGUUACUUUAGUACUUAUUCUACUAGCUUUUUUCGGUGGCAUGUUUUUUAUGGGUCUUUAUUAUAGAUUUUUUCACGUUAGAAGAUUAAGGUACGAGGCUGGUGGAAGAAUGACUGGUUCAAAUCUCACUACCCUGUCUAAUCAGGACAAUGUGGAAGAGAAGCAGAUAGAUUACAAUGAAGGAAAGAAGGUCAACAUUAGCAUUGGCAUGAGGAAAGUUAAAUUAAGUAACGGUGGUAUACCGGGUGUAUUUAAUUGCCGUUUUGCAAACCCGACAGUCGUAAAUCCAAAUCGGAAGAAGAAGAAACCGACAAGCUUCGUACCGCCACCACCGCCGACGCAAUCGCAAACGGUGAUGAAUUCCAUAGCGGCGAUUGGCGACUCGAAACAGUGGCUCAACAUGGGCAACGGAUCGCGACAGUUGAUCCCAUUUUAGAAACCCUUAGCCUCUAAUAUAAUACAGAACGAUGGUUCCAACGACCACAAAGAUGAAACUGAUAUGGCAAUCGGUGGCUCGUUGAACGUCACGUUAAUACGUGAGAAGCUGAAGGAGAAGAAGCAGCAACAGCUGCGGGAGUUGCGAGCGAUACAGGAGGAGAUCAAGGAGGGUAAAUUAUUCCCACCUCCCUCCGCUUCUACAUCCUCCUUUUCGUCCUCCCCUUCCGCGUCUAAUCAACAGCCACCACCAAAUAUGAAAUUGCAUACUUCACCGAGUUCCCCAUUAUUCACAUCUCCGCCUUCGUUCUCUGAGCAGAACGGCGGCAACGUCUUAUCGUCCUGGCCACCCGUGAAAAUGCACUGCCUUUUACCUCCGCCACCCUCCUCACCGUAUUAUCCAAACUCGCAUUCCUCGAAUCUUUGGAGAGCGGCACCUCAGCGAGAACGAGCGGACACGCCAGAGAUACUGUUAGCACCACGAUGCCUUCCUCAUCAUUAUCCCCAUUGGUCACUGCCUGGACAUCUCGGUCACAGAUUACACGCGAAUCAGAAUGGCGUCGAAGAGAGUUCCAAAGGUGAGGGUGAUGGAGAAGCGGAAGUCAGCGACAUGGAGGGCAGCCAAAUUUCGUUACCUAGGAGUUACACGCUACCCCGUGAAUUUAAGUAUAAUCCUAACGGCCCCGUGAGAGAACGAGAACGCCGUGCAGGAAAUAAUAAAAUAUCUUCUUCGCGUUUUUACUUGCCGUCUACCAACAGCUCUGAUGGCGAUGUAGAUAGUGCUGAUAACGAGGAUGAAACAGACUCGGAAGUACAAAUGCAAAUGAAAAUCAAUCACGGUCACAACUAUGAUGAAAUCUUACAGAGACGUCACGUAUACGAAAAUAAUAAGGAGAACGGGGUCGCUGAUUCUAACGCCGAGUGCAGUGCAACUAACAUUACAUCUAACAAUUGUUAUUUAAAUAAUUCUCACGGUGUUUUACGACCGGGUCAAUUACUCAGAACACGUGUGAAGCAUGAAACAAAACUUUAAGUUACGGUGUAAUACAUAAUUGAAAAUCUCGUCAUGCAAAAUGCGUAAUACAGUGUUCAAAAAUAUCUUUCAGAAUCUGUCUCUUCUCUUAAAGCAGUUAGCAGUAUAAAACUGUUGAGCUCGCAAAUCAGUAUAUUUAAUAGCAUAUUUAAUAGUACAUAAUACAUGCACAUAUACAAGAAUACAUUCAAGAGGUUUCUUUUGUGAGAGUAUAUUAGCAUGCAUUGCUUGCGAUGUAAUUUAACGUAAUCUAAUUUAAUUUAAUUUUUUCGUGGUGUUUUGCAUAAAAUUAUGCAAAUAAGGCAUCACGACAAAU